AUCAGAAGAGAAGAAGCGAAAGCGACGCCGCCUCCACUCCGCCGCGCGGCUGCUCUCUCUCCCUCUCUAAAACCCUAGCAGAGGAGCACGGCGAGGAGAGGAGAGGAGGGGGAAGGAGGGAGAGGCCACGGGGAACGCGAUCGCCUUCGUGCCGCCCAUGGAGACGACCAUGGGAUUCUGGGGAGUUGCUGUCAGACCUGGAGAGACAGUGAUGUGUGAUCCACCAGGAGAAUUCUAUUAUCAUAUUUCACAGAUAGCGUUAGAGCCUGGUGAGCUGAAUGAGAACGUGCAAGUUUUUGGUGAAGUUGAUGGUAAAAGGAUUCUGCUCGGCACACUUUCAGUUGAACAUCGUCCUCAGUUGUCAAUUGAUCUGGUGUUUGAAAAGGAGUUUGAGUUACUGCAUACCUCAAAGACCUACAACAUCUUCUUUUCUGGCUACCAAGCUGCGGAUGCGAGAAGAUCUGACUCUCCUACUGAAGAAGGUGAUGAAUCUGAUGAGGAGGUUCCACUGGCUAUUCCACUAUUCCCCAAUUCAGAUGAUGAUAAGAUCAAAGAAGUUCAAAACAGUCCAAGUAAGUUUGCCACACUUAAGUCUGCUGCUGCUGCAUCCCCUACACCAGAGGCUAUUGUAGAGGAAAGAAAGAAUUAUGGGAAAUCAGAAGCUGAUGAUGAUGACAGCGAUGAAGAAAGUGAUGCUUCAGGCGAGGAUGAAUAUGAUGAUGAUGAGGAUAUGAUUGAUAAACAGGAUUCUAGUGAUGAUGAUGGUGAUAGUUCGGAUGAAGAAGAGACUCCUUCAAAGGUGUGAGCUUGUUCAAGGCUAGCAACCCCAAUUAUGGACAGCAAAGCUGGAACUGGCAAGAGAAGUGGCUACGUCCAUGUCGCGACUCCUUAUCCAGCAAAACAGGCAAAGAAGACACCUGUAAACAAUGACAUGGCUAAGCAAUCCUCUGGCUAUGUCCACGUUGCGACCCCUUAUCCAGCAAAACAGGCAAAGAAGAGGACUGCCAAUAAUGACAUGUCUGAGCAUUCUGCUGGUUAUGCCUGCAAGCCAUGCAACAAGACUUUCAACACCUCUAUGGGUCUGGAAGCUCAUUCCAAGGCGAAACACACUGCAACUAAGUGAUCUGAAAUACCUUCUGGGCAAUCCUGUGUAGGUGUGUUAGUGAUAGGUAACUGAAUUCUGAAGCUGGAGAUCCAGAUAUUUUGAUGAAGCACAAUUUUGGAGCACUUGCCAAGUUUCUGAAACAUGUAGAUAUAUGGCGCUUUUUUAAUGAAUGCGUAUGGAUGUUGCACGUUUCAUUGUUCUGGGAUCUGCUCUUUUUUUUUUCCUGAGUGUGUUUGGACGGACAAAAUCUGGUUUAACGAUCCCAAUACCGGGAUAAAAAACUGCUCAUAUCGGACACAA